CGGGGAGGCGGCGGCCGGGACCAUGGCGACGGGCGCCGGGCAGGGCCUGCCCGCUCUGCUGCUCCUCCUCCUGCUCCGGCCGUGCGAGGCAAGUGCGGGGCGCCCGGCGGGUGUGGGGGGAACCGGCGGCCGGUCCGGCUCCUGUGACCCGGCCCUUGGGGCCACUUUGUCCCCGCAGGUGAGCGGCCGGGAGUCGGCGUGCGCCCGUCCCUGCGCCGGGCGCUGCCCGGCCGAGCCGCCGCGCUGCGCCCCGGGGGUGCCCGCCGUGCUGGACGGCUGCUCCUGCUGCCUGGUGUGCGCCCGGCAGCGCGGCGAGAGCUGCUCCGCGCUGCUCCCUUGCGACGAGAGCAGCGGCCUCUACUGCGACCGCGGUCCCGAGGACGGCGGCGGGACCGCCGGCAUCUGCAUGGUGCUGGAGGGAGACAACUGCGUGUUCGACGGCAUGAUUUAUCGCAACGGGGAGACCUUCCAGCCCAGCUGCAAGUACCAGUGCACCUGCCGAGAUGGACAGAUCGGCUGUCUGCCCCGCUGUAACCUGGACCUGCUGCUCCCCGGCCCCGACUGCCCUGUCCCCAGGAAAGUCGAAGUCCCUGGAGAGUGCUGUGAGAAGUGGAUCUGCGACCCUAAGGAUGAAGUGAUUCUGGGAGGUUUUGCUAUGGCUGCCUACAGGCAAGAGGCCACACUCGGGAUCGGUGUGUCAGAUUCAAGUGCCAAUUGUAUUGAGCAGACAACAGAAUGGAGUGCAUGUUCCAAAAGCUGCGGAAUAGGCUUUUCCACCCGUGUUACCAACAGAAAUCAACAGUGUGAGAUGGUGAAGCAGACACGACUUUGCCUGAUAAGACCUUGUGAAAAUGAAGAGCCAUUUGAUAAGAAGGGGAAGAAAUGUAUCCGAACAAAGAAGUCCCUGAAAGCCAUUCGCUUUGAAUACAAGAACUGCACUAGUGUGCAGACAUACAAGCCUCGGUACUGCGGCCUCUGCAAUGAUGGGCGAUGCUGUACCCCACACAACACCAAAACAAUUCAGGUUGAGUUCCGCUGUCCUCAGGGCAAAGUCCUAAAAAAGCCAAUGAUGUUGAUCAACACCUGUGUCUGUCAUAACAACUGUCCUCAGAGUAAUAUUGUUUUCUUCCAGCCAUUAGAUCCGACGUCUAAUGAAGCAAAAAUAUGAAAACCACAAAUUAGGUAGCCCAAAAGAUAGAAAGAGUUUAUACAAAACAUGACCCACAAUCAGGUGAAUGUAACAGUUGCAUACGUAAAAUAUCUGAGAUGUUUUUCAAAACAGUCUAGGCUCUUUCGGUUUUCCUGUAGUUUAUUAAAUACCUCAUUUUACAUUUUCUCCCUCCAAAUGUCUUCUAUUGAUUUGAAGGAAAUGUUGUACCUUGGACAGAGCCUUCUUCUUUUCUGGAUGGUGGCAUAAAGAUUGCAAAACAAACAGCUAGACUUUCUCCUAGAGUUAAGGGGAUCAUGCCUGGAGUUUCAGUAGCUGUAAGACUGGGCUCUUUAAGAGUAAAUGGAUUCCUCGGGGAUUGCAUGAUACCAUAUCACAUAAGCUUCCAGGUUUUUAACUUCACUUUGCAUAAUGCAUAUAAAUACUUAUGCAGUGGGGGCUUUUCCCCCCAUUCUAAUGAAACUAUGUUUCUGAUGACAGUAAAAAUCUUACUGAUGAAAGUGUUGCAUACUUGCAUCUAAAAAAUACCUUCUAUCUAUCCCUCCAACUUCCUCUGAGGAUUAAGUUUGCACAUAGCCCCUGAAAUGACACAGCUAAGAUCUCUUAUCCUGAAGUAUAACAGAUUGAUAGCUGACAGCAAUUUCUCUUUGGUAGCUUUACUAGCAGUCUAAUCAAAACACACUGAAGUCAGCAUUGUAGGAAAACUUGGUUCAAACCAAUAUGUGUCUGUAGAUAUAACUAGAUACAAAAUGUCUGUAAAUUCCUCUAAAACGCUAACUGUAUCAUAUGGUGCUUUGUAUCUUAGAAAGGUGUAUAUGUAAAUAGAAACUGUAUAUAUUGUAAUAUAGCUUUACUAAGUAAAUAAACUUUAUGUGACUAAAA